ACACAAGUUAACAGCUGUUGACUCAAACUUGUAGCUCAUGGAGUAACUUGGAACCAUUAUUUUUGGUAAUCAGACCAAAAAAAAAAAAAAAAAACUUCACUCAUCCUGACUUGGAGUGAUUUGAUGUAUGGAUUAGAGUAAAAGUGGACUCCACCAGCAGAGGAGAGACAUCCGGCUGAAGAUUUAUGCCUUGGGGGAUGGCAGCGGCCACCUCGGGUCCGUACCUCGCCAGCAGCAGGAUCCUGUCCGCUCCGUUCGUCCACUCUGACCGGAGAGGCGCUGCUGGCAUGCAGCCGGGCGGCACCGCCGUCACCACCGUGUCGGGGGGCUACAGGGUGGACCCCUCCAUCAAGAUGGUUCAGAGCGACUUCAUGCAUUCAGCCAUGGUGGCGAGCAACGGCGGCCACAUGCUGAGCCACCAGUGGGUGACGUCGCUGCCGCACGCCGCCGCCGCGGCAGCUGCGGCCGCAGCGGCGGCUGCAGAGGUCGGGUCAUCGUGGCCCCCCAGCGGCCCCCAGCCCCAAGAGGUAAAGAGAAACACGGGCAGGGAGGACCUUCACUCCGGCGCAGCUCUGCACCACAGGUCCCCACAUCUGGGAGCGCAUCAGACGCACGCGGGAAGUUGGGGAGGCACCUCCGCCGCGCACAUCAGCAUCACUGAGGGGGGGCAGCAGCAGCAGCAGCAGCAGCAGCAGUCUCUGGUUUAUUCUCAGCCUGGGGGAUUUACAGUCAACGGUAUGUUGAGCUCACACACCGGACAGAGCCUCAUGCACUCGGGGCUGGUGCGCGGGGAGUCCCCUGAACUGGAUCAUCAUCACCACCAACACCACAAUCACCACGGGCACCAUCACCAGCAUCACGGAGUCGGCCACGACUCCCAGUCAGAUGAGGACACCCCCACGUCUGAUGACUUGGAGCAUUUCGCCAAACAGUUCAAGCAGAGGCGGAUCAAGCUCGGUUUUACGCAGGCCGACGUGGGCUUGGCCUUGGGCACCCUGUACGGCAACGUGUUCUCCCAGACCACCAUCUGCAGGUUCGAGGCUCUUCAGCUGAGCUUCAAGAACAUGUGCAAGCUGAAGCCUCUCCUCAACAAAUGGCUGGAGGAGGCCGACUCCACCACCGGGAGCCCGACCAGCAUCGAUAAGAUCGCCACGCAGGGGAGGAAGAGGAAGAAGCGCACGUCCAUCGAGGUGAGCGUGAAGGGCGCGCUCGAGAGCCACUUCCUGAAGUGUCCCAAACCGUCCGCGCAGGAGAUCAACUCCCUGGCGGACACCCUGCAGCUGGAGAAGGAGGUGGUCCGGGUCUGGUUCUGCAACCGCAGACAGAAGGAGAAGCGCAUGACGCCGCCUGGACUCCCGCGCACCCCCGAAGACGCGUACUCUCAGGUGGGAAGCAUGGGACCCGACACACCCUCCCCCUCCAUAGAGUGUAAGAGGAUGUACGACACGUGAAAACAAACAGACCUGAA